AGCAAAUAUUCGAACACCCCCCUUUUUUCCGUUUCUGCUUGCUCCAUCGACAAGAUACACCCUCAAUAUUCCCGCCUUGAUUCUGCAUCUUGAUGUCACCGAGAAUGUCGACCGUUUCGCGUGAAGACGCUCCUGCAUGCACGUGAUGUGAUGAAUCGCCGCACCUUGUCAGGCGGGGUCCCCGGCUCCUGCCUUGACGCUCCGUCUCACAACAGCCCGCGCGAGUGUCCGUGCGCCCACAGCUUCUCGUUUGUUUACAUUGAGCGGGAGUGGACCAGUCAUUUGGACGGAUCCUCGAACCCAGAACUCGACCUGCCCUCGUCCCUGGAAAACCGCGGCCUUCGCACAACACCUACCAUGCGAAAUCACUAACCAAGACAGCUCAUUACGGAACCUUUUCUCUCCUUCUUGGAUCCUGUUCUUCAUUCAUGACUGCACUAUCCUUCCUCCCGACAUCUUAACACCACCGUCGAGCGCGCCGACACGAGACGCGCCCAGUGCCACCACCACCACCCGCCAUGGCGAUGCGAGGACCGCGUCAACCCGUCGGCUCGGCCGCCUGGGUCGCCGAGGAGAGAUCCUCUGCCGUCCAGAUUGGUCGCUCAGAGGCCGAAGAGUUCACCUAUUCGGUCAGGAAUGAGUUCGAAUGGCUCAACGAGCACAUGGCCGGCAUCUUCGACGAGAACCAGCAGAACUUCGUCGACGUCUUCAAAACACCAGGCAAGCUACGCGGCCGCACACCGCGCACUGCCAGGAAGCAGCCCAACCCUAUCGAAUCGCGAGCGCCUCUGUCCGAUAUCUUCUCGGCAACGCCCAAGGGCGCACACAACCCCUUCGCCAUCGCGAGCCCCAGCAAUGGUCAGGCGGCCCCCAAGCUGGCGGUCGCCGGCGACGUGCAGUUCCCUGUUCCCCCCAGCCCGACGCGCGCCAGCCCGCCCAAGGCUGUCCAUCCCAGCCCCAGGCCCCCGACUAAACACCAAAUGCCGCCUCAACUCCCCCUGGUCGACUCUGGCUACCACGGCAGCCAGUCUCAGGAUGCCAUGGACAUGGAUGAGCUUGCGCACGACGAACCCACUCAGGGGGCAACAUCACUAGAGUCAGAUGCAGUCCACGUAGUGGACACUGACAUGGAGGAUGUCGCGUCUCCUGCCCCUGCCGAUGAGCGCAGUCCGGCGCAGCCGACGUACGACGCGUCCUUCCACUCGGCCCAGGAAGAGCAGAGCAAGACCGCGAGGCCACAGACACCCGAACCACCAUAUGAGGACAGUCCGCCGUCGCCUGUCGCUGACUCGCCCUCACCCGUUCAACCACCCAAGCCAGCUUCGCCCGUGAAGAUGUCUCCGAUCAAGGGCGUAUCUCCACAGAGGUUACCCCAACAGACUUCGCCCACAAGAUCUCCUGCGAUAGCGAGGAAACCCGUCCCCGGCGCCGUGGCUGCGGCAUCAUCUGGUGCUGCUCCCGCCCUCGUCUCGCAGCCCGCCGAUGACCAGUCGCCAUCUGACGGAUCGAGCCCCAUCCGGCCCGUCGUUAGGAAGAGCAGUAUGAGCUUCGCCUCGCUGCCUGCUCGUGAGCCCCUGGCCACAGGCAAGAGCAUUGGUGCGCGCAUGUCACGAACCAGUCAUCUUGACCUCACCAGGCAGAGCUACUACAACAGGCCUACAGGAGGAAAGAGCCUGGGCAAUGUUAGGCAUGAGGACGAUGACGAAGAUCACGAUGAGAUGGACGUUGAUGACGAGACCACUGCCCAACACACUACCGACGUCGGCGUUAAGGUCGCGGCGCACAACAAGACGUACACGCAGCGGCUGCAGGACCAGAUCAGCAUGCUGGGCAAGUCUCAUUCCAGCGGCUCCCGCACCUCCAAGUCCUUUGCGAACCCGUCUGCGGUCGCAUCGCAGUCAUCCCAAGCUGUCUACGAGGCACACACACCCUCGCCCAAGAAGGUCACCCCCAUGGUGGCUACACCGGGAGCCUUCCCCGAUGAUGAUGACGAGGAGGAGGAGGAGGAAGAUUGGGUUGUGCCUCCUGUGGCAAACCAGGCUCCUGUCACCUCGAGCCCUAGGCCUGGCAUGGCUAAGAGCUAUUCGGCGGACGUCAUGGAGGGUGUCAGUGGUCCCGAGUUCACAUUGCCUAAGCAGCGCCAACCACUCAGCCGUGAGGUAUCGCCAAAGAGGCCACUCAUUGCAUACGCCAAGUCUGCAUCGGUGCCGCUCCUGCCGUCCGAUGGUCUCGAGCCCGAGGAGCACGAAGUGGCCGGGCACGGGAAAUCUAUCUCUGUCUCAAACCCGCUGAGCACCGUCCCCGAGGACGAGAACCUGGCCACCCCGAAGUCUCCCUCUCGCACGUUCCGGGACAGCCCCCUGAAGCAGGUCAAGAACAAGCUGUCGUCGAUCCUCAAGAGCUCCAAGGGUCUACUCGCUAGCAGCGCCGCAAUUAGCGCCGAGAGCAAAUCUUCGCUUCUGUCGCCCUCGAGCACCCGUCUGGGCUACCACGCUGGCCCCUCUGUCGAUUCCCUUGCGCCCAGGCUUGGCUCAGUUCCCGAAGCGUUGUAUCCGGACCUGUCACAGCACAUCGCUGCCUGCUCGGGGCCUGCCGCCCGCCAGGGAAGCCCGCAGAGGCCCGCGAGCCCGACUAGGGCACCCACGCGAAAGACCAGGGCCUCGGUGGAGAGGGAGAAGCGGGAGCAGAAGCAGAGGGACAAGGAUGCCAAGGAGGCCCAGCGCAUGGCCGACCAGAUGGGCAAGCUCGAGAAGGCUCGCGACAAGGAGCGGGAGAAGGCCAGGUACUUCAGCAAGGAGCAGGAGAGGGUUGCCAUGAUGGAGCGUCAGCUGGAAGCCCAGAGGGAACAAGAGAGGGUCGCUGCUGCGCGAGAACGCCAGCUCGAAGCCCAGAGGGAGCAGGAGCGCGCCAUCGCCGCACAGAAGCAGGCUGAGGCUGCCAAGAGGCAACAGGAGAAGGAGAGGCAAGAGAAGGAGAGGUGGGAGAGGGAGAGGCUGGAGCAGGAGAGACUUGAGCAGGAGAGGCUUGAGCAAGAGAGGCUCGAGCAAGAAAUGCUCGAGCAGGAAAGGCUCGGGCAGGAAAGGCUUGAACAGGAGAGACUUGAGCAGGAGAGACUCGAGCAGGAAGCCCGUGCCCGGCCCGCGUCGCCCGUGAAGGAGACGCCUAGGCCCAUGAGGGGUAGCCCCCGUAAGGCGAAGGGACAAGCUUCGCCUGGGCCUUCGGCGUUUGACGACGACAUGGAUAUGGCCGACGCACCCAUUUCUAUGCCCCCGCCCUCGGUUCCGCGGUCGGUGCAGCCCAAGUCGAACCUGCGACGGCCCGUCAAGCCAACCAAGGAGGCCCCGAACAAGGCACGACAGGCGCCCACCGUCAUCCGGGUGAACACGACGUCCCAGCACUCCCAGAUGCACCCCUCUAACAGUGUUCUCGCGGCCACCCUCGGGGAGACACUCGGCCCGGCCCACCAGCUGAAGACCAAGGCCAGCGUGGCUUCUCUGCAAGCCAAGCCGUCGAUGCAAAGUCUGAAGAGCUCUGUUUCGUCGACCGGACGGCCCAAGGCCCUCGAUAUGGCGGCUAAGCGGAAAGAGCAGGAGGAACGCGAGGCCGAGCGGAAGCGCGAAGCCAAACAGGAGCUCGAGCGGAAGCGGGAGAACCAGAGACGCCAGGAAGCCGACAGGCAAAAGGAAGAGGACAGGAAACAAGCGGCUGCCCAGGCCGAGGCCAAGAAGAACGCGCAGAGGCAGGCCAUCGAGAAGGCCAAGCAGACGCGGGCGCCGCCACCAGCGCAGAGGUCGCAGCAGAACGGCCGACCCGAGUAUGGUGCCGGUCCCGCAUCGAUCCCGCGCCCGCAAUCGCGGCUCGACACGGUCAUGCGCGGGCAGGACGAGCUCUCGCGGCCAGGCCUUGCAAGCUCAGUCAAGCCGGCACCGAAGCGGCCGAUGCAGCAGCAGGACGAUGAUGGGUCCCGCCAGAACUCGCAACAGAGGGCCGGGCCGUCGUAUCAGCCCAAGGAGCAGAAGCGCAUCCGUCUGACGGAAGAGUUUGACGUUGACGAGCUGGAGAUGGGAGGGGUGAUGACGAGCCAGUCGAACAUGAAGGCCCCGCCUGUGCGUCCGUCUGGUGGCUUUAAGAAAGACCUGCCAACCAAGGCGCUCUUCCCCAACGGCUACACCAGCAUCACCUCGCAGAACGCGACCAGGGAUCUGUUCAAGACCACCGUCACGUCGCAGCACAACAACCAAGUCAAGGCGGCGCACCCGCUCGACAUGGCACAGCUUUCCAAGGGUACCAUCCCAUUUGCGUCCAACCCGAACUCUACCGCCGGCCCGUCGACGCACAAGACGCCAGCUCGUCCCAUGGGUCAAUCCGCCAAGUCGGCGGCCAAGUCUGCCGCGCGGUCGUCACCGCGUCUCCAGCUCAACAACGGCGACGCAAUCGAGCUUCCCGACAUUCAGACGGAUGAGGAGGACAGCGACGAGGAAGAGGACAACAUGACGGUGGCGCCCUGGGUCAACUCUCCCGAUCUGCGCAGGGCCCUGAUGCGGCAGGAGUCGAUCGACCCUCAGAACGUGUUUGGCCCGCCGGCGCCGCUCAACAUGGAGGAGGUCUUCAGCCGCAACAAGGAACGGUGGCACAAGUUCCGCCAGCGAACCAGCAGCGCCAACUGGAGCGGUGCCGACAAGCUUACCGAGGAGGACAUCCGCAAGGACCUCGCGGCGCGGGAGAAGAUCCGGCGCGAGGGCGGGUGGUCGUACGAGCUCAGCAAGGAGACUCUGUGAAAAGUUUGUUAGCGAGAAGUUUUGGUGCACAUCUUGGAGUAUGCUUUGUUUUUUGUUUUUUUUUCUUGAAGGGGAGUGGCACCAUGACGACAUUGGGCUUUUAUGAGGAGUUAUGGUUGGGUUCUUAUUAUAUUACUACAUUGGGUUGGGGUUCUACUCGGGUUUUCUUGUCGGUCUCGCACUUGUUACCAAAAGAUGCUGCAUGAUGCGCCUCUUUUUGUCUCUUAAUGUUUGUCGGACUUUUCGGAAUUAUAUCCCAUCAUCGCCUCGGUUCUCAGACCGUACCAAGGCGCGAAUAUGAACAGUCACAAGAAGCAAGACAUGAGGUGUUUGCCGCUGCGUUUCAAU